UGAAAGAAGGUAGCACAAUUUGAAAGGAAGUACUUCAGCUUACCAAGAUGUCUAUGAAAUGGAUCUCAGCUCUGCUGCUGCUGCAGUUGGAUUGUUAUUUCAGUUUUGGAAGCUGUGGAAAGGUGCUGGUGUGGCCGAUGGAAUACAGCCACUGGAUGAAUAUGAAGAACAUAGUAGAGGAACUUAUCCAGAGGGCACAUGAGGUGACAGUCCUGAGACCUUCAAGUUUCAUUUUUGUUGAUGUGAAUUCAUCAUCUGGAAUUAAAUUUGAAACAUUUAUUACAUCCACCAAUGAUGAUCAACUGGAAGACAUUUACAUUGAAAGUGUCAAUAAGUGGAUGAGUGUUGGAUCAAUAGAUACAUGUUUGGCAUAUUUUCCAGUGUUGGAAGACACUAUUAGGGACUAUUCUGCUAUUUGGGAGAAUAUUUGUAAAGAUGUAGCUUCAAACAAGAAGCUUAUGACAAAACUCCAAGAAUCAAGAUUUGAUGUCCUUCUUGCGGAUCCCAUUGCUCCCUGUGGUGAGCUGGUGGCUGAGCUUCUAAAAAUACCUUUUGUGUACAGUCUCCGCUUCUCUCCCGGCUUCCAAAUGGAAAAACAUGGAGGAGGGCUUAUAGUUCCUCCUUCUUACGUACCUCUUACUCUAUCAAGACUAAGUGGUCAAAUGAAUUUCAUAGAAAGGGUAAAAAACAUGAUAUGCCUGCUGUAUUUUGACCUUUGGUUUGGAACAUUUAAUGAGAAAAACUGGAAUGAACUUUACAGUGAAAUUUUAGGAAGACCCACAACAUUACAUGAAAUAAUGGGAAAGGCAGAAAUGUGGCUCAUUCGAAGCUACUGGGAUUUGGAAUUUCCUCGGCCCAGCUUACCAAAUUUUGAUUUUGUGGGAGGACUCCACUGCAAACCUGCCAAACCCCUGCCUAAGGAAGUGGAAGACUUUGUGCAGAGCUCUGGGGAACAUGGUGUCGUGGUGUUUUCUCUGGGGUCCAUGAUCAGCAGCAUGACAGAAGAAAGGGCCAAUGCGAUUGCUUCAGCCCUUGCACAGAUUCCACAAAAGGUUCUUUGGAGAUUUGAAGGCAAGAAACCAGAUACCUUAGGAUCCAACACUCGGUUGUACAAGUGGCUUCCUCAGAAUGACCUACUUGGUCAUCCCAAAACGAGAGCUUUUGUCACUCAUGGUGGAGCCAACGGUGUUUAUGAGGCGAUCUACCAUGGGAUCCCUAUGGUGGGCAUUCCUUUGUUUGCGGAACAGCAUGAUAACGUUGCUCACAUGAAGGCUAAAGGAGUAGCUGUUAAAGUGGAAUUCAUGACAAUAUCAAGUACAGAACUGCUAAACGCACUGAAGAAGGUCCUUAACAGCCCUUCCUAUAAGGAGAAUGCUAUGUGGUUGUCAACCAUUCACCACGAUCAGCCCAUGAAGCCCCUGGACAGAGCAGCCUUCUGGAUCGAGUUUGUCAUGCGCCACAAAGGGGCCAAGCACCUGAGGCCACUUGCCCAUAACCUCACCUGGUACCAGUACCACUCACUGGAUGUGAUUGGGUUCCUACUGGCUGGUGUGGUGACCAUUACUCUACUUGUUGUAAAAUGUUGCUUCUUUAUUUCUCGGAAAUUUUUGAAGAUGAAAAAGAAGAAAAAGAGGGAGUAGAGCUCCUUCUGAUGAAAUGCAUUGUAAAUGAGACCACCUCGUUUUACUCAACCACCAUGGACGAAAACAUCACAAACUGAACCUCCAUGUUUACAACACCAUUGCCUUCUUGGUUUACCAAUAUAUUGUAAUCCUUGGUAAGGAAUGUGCAAUUCUAAUUUCAGACUUACUAUAAUAAUUCUACUUUAGUGCUGACAUAUAUUUUAUCAUAAAUCUUAAAAUAAUGAGAGCCCCUGAAAUCUGUUGGUUUGAGAAAAGCAGGAAGCUGAAAACUUUGAUACAUUUUCAGAAACAUUUUCUAUUUCAAUAAAAUGUGACCCACUGGACCUUUUGUGUAUGUCAAUGAGCAUAAGAGGCAGAUAUUAGUUAAUGACAACAAAACAGAUCUGAUUCAGAUGA